UGUGUGUUUUCUCUCUACCAAGGAAAGGAAGUUUGUCUGUGGUUUCUGAUCUCCUCAGCUCUUCAAACUCCAGCAGAUCCACCUCCCUUUAUUCCAUUUCCAACAUUGGUCGUUUGAUGCGCGAUCGCUCUCAGUCCAGUUUCUCAGUGUCCUACAAGAAUAUGAAGAAGAGCCCUUCCCUGCAGUCGCUGGACAACAUCUCCAUUGACAGCUACCUGAUGGAGGACGGAGACGCGUACAGCCUGCUGGAGAGAGAUGACGUGUCCAUCUCAGGCUUCAAGGAUGCCGUCAGUGAGCAGAGCGCCACAGAGAACGCUGCCGAGGCCGCGUUCAGUCAGGAGCAGGAGGGGGGCGUGUCCCCCGAUACUGUCAGCGCCACCUCCCAGAGCAUCGACGAGCCCACCAAAGAUAUAGUGUCGGUGCUGGUGCUGAAGGUGCGGUCCGUGUGCGCGGGCAUGGAGGUGGUGGGCGAGAGCACAACCCUGGCUCUGGAGGUGGGCCAGGUGACACCCAGCCAGCUGGGCAACGUCAGCCUCAGACAGUACCUGAGCAACCGCAGCCUGGGUAUGGUGGGUUCAGUACCAAUACCUGCUCAGAGCAGCCAAGGUAACCGCUGUGUGUUCACUCACAAACUGUGACUUAACAUGCAUGUU